AUGAAAACUGUUAUUGUAAUUACACCACAAUUCUGUUACUUCGUUACAGCUAAAACUAAAACAGAAUUGACACCAAUAUCAAUAACAUGUGGGCUGAAUGAUAUUAUUGUAAUAUCUGGGCCGGUGAUCAACCGCAAAGGCGUUCGCUACUACUUGUACCGGCCAAACGGUGAUAUCACAAGACUUAAUAUCACACGGUUUAAGAAUACUCGCAAGAAUGGUGUCAACCAUAAUGACAAAGACAAGAAACCAAACUAUGAGAAGUACAAUUUUAUCGUCGUCAAAAACGUGAAACCUGCACACAGAGCGGUUAUUUCUCCACUAAUUGACUAUAAAGUUUUUAACGUAAAUAAUAUUGGAGAAAAUGAGGAAUGGAUUGAUAUGUUCUCCAAAAUUGAAGAGGAAAUGAAUUCGAACGAUUUUAUGAUUGGACCAUUGGGUGUGAAUGAUCAUGGUAAUUGGAUGCUGUCUUUGUACUACAAAGAUUUGAAUGAGGAGUGGUUAGAAAUGUUUCAAGUUAUAACUAUUAAAAUAAUCGAACCCGUGCCUGCUAGUGCACGAAGAUCGAAGACACUCAGAGGAGAUACCUUUCACUUUGGUUUCUCUUACCCAAUCGUGGGUCUGACGGCUUGUGAACUAACGGCUCCACAAUCCACCUUCGACAAGUUCUACGAGAGGGACAUUAGUAACUGGGACACUUGUGGCUACAUUGUUUCGAAUUUAACAAGGAACGACGAAGGCAUGUGGAGGAUAAUAGGCGUGGGACGCAUUGUGUAUGAGACCCAAGUGUAUUUACAAUAUACGUAAGACUGAUAACGAGUUUUAUUACUACGACGACCUCGGUGGUCUAGCGGUUUAGAACACCGUUAAUUCCGGUCUCGGGUUCGAUUCCUGGCACGGUGUAAAUAUUUGUAUCCAUGAGUAUGACGAAUGGACAACGUCAGCGACUUCAUUUCACACUAUGUACUUUAA